GCUCCUUCCCAAUGAAAAAUCCUGUUCUUAUCGAGAGACUUGAGUUGUAAAACAGAUUCACCAAUACAACCGAACUGAAGAGACAGUUGAUAAUGGAGGCAGAAGCAGAACGAAGCUCAACUUCCAGCGAAGACAUCAGCGUCUCCUCCUACGAUUCCAGCCUCGUGAAAAACCCCAAUUCCGAAGAAGAACAAAGAGAAGAAGAAGAACAGAGUGACUGUAAUGAUUACGAAGAUGUUCAUCAAGCUAAGCGUCGCAAAUAUGUGGCAGUGUUCAGAGACAGCGACGAUGAAGAUCGAAUCAGCGAUUUAUCGAACUCGAUCAUCCUCAGUAUCCUCGCGUUCUUGCCCACGAAAGACGCUAUCAAAACCGGCGUUUUGUCGAAAAGAUGGGUUCAGCUCUGGACCUCUGUUCCUUCUCUCAGUUUCAGCGACGCUGGUUAUUUCAAUAACACUAAAGUUUUCGCCUCUAAUGUGGAUAGUGCUUUGCUCCUACACAGUGCUCCGAAGCUCUCGAAUUUCUUGCUCGAAUUCUGGUACAAUUCACAGCUUAAGACUCGAGUCGAUGACUGGGUUCGUUUCGCCACAGCUGCGAAGGUAGACCAACUCAGUCUUAAAUUAUCAUCGAAUUAUUAUAAGAAUUCUGAGGCAUAUGUAUUGCCUCAGGAUCUUUAUGCCAAUGAAUUUGUUUCUGAAUUCGAAUUUUGUUUCUGCAAAAUUUUCCCAACUGGGGUUGUGAAUUGGAGUUCACUCAAGCGAUUGUGCAUUGGGUACACGGCUUUGCCCGAAGAGGCGAUAACGAAAGUGCUGAUGGGUAGUCCUAAACUUGAAUACUUGGAGUUGUGUAAUUGUUGUCAGGUUAAACAGUUGAGCAUAGUUUCUGAUAGUCUGAGGAAAUUGGUAGUAAAAGACCAUUUGCGACAUUCGUAUUUCCCUGCAGUGCAAUUGGAAAUUGUAGCUCCGAAGAUUGAGUCACUGGAAAUUCUGGGGAACUUUGAUAGAAAUAAGUGUCGGAUCAAAGACGUGUCGGCAUUGGUUGAGGCUAAGCUCGAUUUCCACAUGUCUAUGGGUUGUAGAUGUAAAAAGGAAGAUGCUUGUAAGGAGUAUCAAGACAUUGUGAGGGGACUUCUUGAGAGUGUGCAUCAUGUCAAAGAGCUUACUGUUGGCCCAUGGUGUCUCAUGGUUCUAUCUAUAAUGUCAGUGAAACAUCGGCCUUUUCCAUCUUUGAAGUGCAAACGUUUAACGGUGAAAACAAGCAUGAAGAAAUGGGACUUCCUUGGCAUUGCAAGCCUGCUUCAAAGUUCGCCAUAUGUUGAGACAUUGGUUAUGGACAUCAAAUCCCACGACAACUCAGGGUCAGAGUUUCUAGGAAGACGCUACUUCCACACUCGCAAGUUUGAUGAAGUGAGCCAUUGGAAAUCAAAGAAAAUCCAUUUCAAGUCUUUGCUGCAAUACCUCAAAACAGUCAAGAUUUCUGGUUUUGUAGAAAGGUUGUUCCACAGAAAGGAAGUAUUCAUUUCAGUAGUACAAUUUCUGCUCAAGAAUGCAAAGGUGCUGGAAAAGAUGGUUAUCAGUGAAGCAUUGGUAAUGCAAAACCAGAAUAUGGUACAUGAAUUUCGACAAAUGGCUCAAAAGUUGAUUAGCUUCCCCAAAUCCUCUCCUCAAGUAAUGGUCAUGUCAUGUUCCCAUAUCAGUAAAAUCAUAUAAAGUUAUUCUAGCCUUUAAAACUAUUGGAUUGUCACAAAUAUAUAGUAGUUGUACAGAUUACAGGUUCAAAGAACUUAAAUCUUGCUAAGAACUUGAUUCAACUUCCGUUGCUUUGUAUUUAUGUCUCCUUAGUGAUAUGAAGCUUGUCUUUGGAUA